UUGCUGACCACCUGGGCUGUGACCCCCAGACGCGGUUCUCCGUGCCCCCUAACAUCAAGCAGUGGAUCGCCUUACUGCAGAGGGGCAACUGCACGUUCAAAGAGAAGAUCUCACGGGCUGCCUUCCACAACGCCGUGGCCGUGGUCAUCUACAACAACAAGUCCAAGGAGGAGCCGGUCACCAUGACGCACCCAGGCACUGGAGACAUCAUAGCGGUGAUGAUCACAGAGCUGAGGGGCAAGGACAUCCUGAGCUACCUGGAGAAGAACAUCUCUGUGCAGAUGACGAUCGCGGUUGGCACGCGGAUGCCGCCCAAGAGCUUCAGCCGGGGCUCCCUGGUCUUCGUGUCCAUAUCCUUCAUUGUCCUCAUGAUGAUCUCGUCCGCGUGGCUCAUCUUCUACUUCAUCCAGAAGAUCAGGUACACGAACGCACGCGACCGGAACCAGCGUCGUCUGGGAGAUGCAGCCAAGAAAGCCAUCAGCAAACUGACAACCAGGACAGUCAAAAAGGGUGACAAGGAGACAGACCCGGACUUCGACCACUGCGCCGUGUGCAUAGAGAGCUACAAGCAGAACGACGUUGUCCGGGUGCUGCCCUGCAAGCAUGUUUUCCACAAAUCGUGCGUGGAUCCCUGGCUCAGUGAGCACUGCACCUGCCCGAUGUGCAAACUCAAUAUCUUGAAGGCCCUGGGGAUCGUGCCAAAUUUGCCAUGUACUGAUAAUGUGGCAUUUGACAUGGAAAGGCUCACCAGAACCCAGCCAGCUAACCGACGGUCCGCCCUCGGCAACCUCACCAGCGACAGCUCCCUGGGCCUCGAGCCUCUUCGAACUUCGGGGAUAGCGCCUCUUCCUCAGGAUGGGGAGCUCACUCCUAGGACGGGAGAGAUCAACAUUGCAGUGACAAAAGAAUGGUUUAUUAUUGCCAGUUUUGGCCUCCUCAGUGCACUCACCCUCUGCUACAUGGUCAUCCGGGCCACAGCUAGCUUGAAUGCCAACGAGUGGCCACUUCUUCCAUCGGAACUCCCUGUCCCCUCGGAGCCUGGUGUAUGAGCGCGAAUUCUCCACGAUCGAGCCUUCUCUGGACAUCUAUGAUGAGAACAAAACCUGAUUUUUAAACGUGGGCUGUCGGGGGCCCCCUCUUCCGUGA